AUGCCCCCUACACCUACUUCAACUCCUUUAACCCCCUUACCUCUGCCUGCAUAUCACUGUCAUACUCAUUCAACUGGUUCAGGUUCAGACUCACCAUUCUUACAUGCUUCCUCUAUAACUCCUGUCUCACCUGAUGUGGUCUUCUCCCUUGCUAGUUUCCCUGCUUCGCGUGCAACCUCUAUGUCCCCUGUGCUGUUUAAUUUGCUCAUCUUCCCUGUUGUUUCUCUUGCUGGUUCUCUCUCUUGGCCUGUUUCCGCUACUCGACCUAGUCCUCUGUUGAGUUCUUUACCACUUGUUUCCUCUCCUUUAGCAGUCGGUGGGUUUAUAAGAUUAAGAGGCACGCUGAUGGUUGUGUUGAACAAUAUAAAGCACGGUUGGUCACAUGAGGAGGAGGUGUACAUGACACAACCACCUGGUUUUGUUGACCUUACAGUCCCGUCUCAUGCUACAACUUCAUAUUGUCUGCACAUUACUUGGGAUUCCUCCUUGUCCCUUCAUGGUUUCACUGAUGCUAAUUGGGCUAGCAGUAUUGAUGAUCGCGAAUCGACAGGUGGCUUUCUUGUGUAUCUUGGUUCUACUCUUAUUUCAAGGAAAUCAGAGAAGCAACAUAUUGUGGCUAGGUCUUCUAUAGAGGCAGAAUACAAGGCCCUGACUGAUGGUACUGCUAAAAUCUUGUGGAUUCGCUCGUUAUUGUCAGAACUUCAGCUUCAAUCGUCGUCCAUAACUACGUUAUGGUGUGGUAAUUUAGGGGCCACUUUCUUAUCUGUUAAUCCAGUGUUUCAUGCUCGCACUAAACAUGUUGAAAUUGACUAUCACUUUGUUUGUGAUCACGUUGCUAAGCAAGAACUUCAGGGAAAAAUGUUUAGGCGCAUUAUCGUAGAGAAUCUUGAAUUUGUAUUGCUUCACGAUAGAUAUCUUACUGCUUUCUUGAAAAGGUGGAUAUUUUUGUUACUUGGUAGUUUGAAAGAGUGGUGCUUUGUCUUAGGCGAACUCUGA